AUGACGGAGCCAGGCGACAUUGUGUACGUGCGUGCACAGAUUUCAGAAGGCGGCAGUGCAUCGGUGUGUGGAUGGUGCCUUGAAGUGAUUGGUGAAGAUCUCAUAAUAGGCUGCCCGGCCGCUUCUUUAGAAGGAGUGGCGGAGACCGUCACGACUAAAGUGAGUCAGCACCAGUGCGGAUACUUGCGGGUGUCGAAAGCGGCUGCUUCUGGAGCCGUGCCCCAGAAAUGGUCAGGCAUGAGGGCCAAAGACUUGGCCAGCUACACUACCUUCCAGAAAGGCUGGAAGGAAGUAAACCGGGAGCUAAAGAGCAGCGAGGCCGAGCUCAUGGAAGAUCCGCCGUUGCCUUCAAAGAAGCCAAGCGGCCGACGAAAGGGCUUGACCGAGCUGGAGGAGGACUUAGCUCAACUGCAAGGCCUGUUUGGGGAGGCCUCAGACGACAGCGAAGAGGACGAGCCAGCUCCGGUGAGGUCGCGGGGCGCGGCUUCUUCAAGUUUCCUUCCUCCGGGGGCCCCGGCUGGAGCAACUCGCCGAGUGGAAGAAGGGGAGCGCAAAGAAGGUCGCAAGGAGCUGGACUUGCAGAAGAUGAUGGCCUUAAGCUUGGCGCAAGGACGCAGCGCAGGAGACUUGAUGCCCUUGCUCCUCUUGAACUACAUGGAAGACAAGAAGCAGCGGCAGCGGCGUCGCAAGCAGCGGGAGCGAGAUCACGGCUACCUUGGUGGCUACUCCUCAGAAGACAGCGCAGGAGAAGGGGAAGAGUGGCGCGACAAGGGGAUGAGAGCAGUAUCUUCGCUCCACCAGCUGCAGCGGCGCAUUCAACGGUGCCCUCGACAGAUCUACCAGGAGUACGAGAGGGAGAUCACGGAGGAGCUGGGGGUCGUGCCGGGGCAGGCCUGGACACUCAAAGAUUACCUGCGUCGCCAGCCGUGGGGCAGAUUCAAGGGCAUAUUCAGAUGCGCGGUCAUGGAUGCCCAGGCUUACGAAUACCUCAGGGCUGGCAACUCCGAGGCGGCGAUGGCCCAGCUGGUGCAGAACAUGAAGGCGAAAGUUCAGGCGGUGCUCCAGCAGGGCGUCUGGACGACAGCCUGGCUUUUGACGGGGAUCCCGGAUCCUUUGGCCAAGCGGGAGUUCGGCGGAACCAAGGAGGAGCUUGCGGUCAUCUCCGGCUACAUGGACGCGUUGUCGAAGCUCAGGAAGCGGAUGAAGGAGACGGGUCCAGGUGCUGGGGGCGGAGACGAGGACGACGACGAGGUUCUUUCCGAAUGUGGGGGGGCACUCUUGGACGAUGAGGCCGCGGAGUUCUGGGGCAAGUCUCUCUUAAAUGAGUUCGUGGCUUGGUCCAACUUCGUGGUCUUGGGUUGCCCUGAGUGUCGGGAUGGCCGUUUCGAGCCGCGAGUGGUCCAUCGAAGCAUGGAGGACAUGAGGUCUUUCGCUGAUCGGCUACUUGGCGAGGUGGUGAGUUUUAGUACCCCCGAACUGCUUAGGGAUACUCUUUGCUGUGAAGGGAAGAGGGGUGACCUUCAGUCGCUCCUGGAGCUUUUGUCUUGCUCUACGUCCUCAUAUGACGAUGUGGGUCCCCAGGUUUCGCCGGAAGCUGGCGUGGCUCUUCCUGUGGUGGCAGAGAGGGUCGCAGUGCCCGCCGAGGCCGGGUUAGUGGAUCCAGCCGAUUGGUUGGAGCCUGACCGUGCAGCGGUGUUUGAGAACCUUGACCGCUUGCGCCUGCCUGAGGAACUUUGGGGGGAAAAAGUGGUGGCGUGCCACAGGGUCCCGCUGGACCAAGAGGAGGCGGUCAUUCGCAAACUGCUUGACACGAACAUGGUGACGCUAGUGCCUGAAGGAGAAUUACCACGGGAUGGCCAGGGCGACAUCCGAGUAGGCGGCCUCUUUAGUGUCCGCAAAAACGAUGUCGAAGACCGUCUCAUCUAUGACAGGCGGCCCGAGAAUGCCACGAUGCCUCGCCUUCGGUGGGCCGAACUGCCAAAUGGGGCGUGCUACUGUCGUCUCCUACUCAAACCACAUGAAUAUGUAAGAGGGUCAGGUGACGAUUUACGCAACUUCUACUAUAUGCUGCGACUCCCUGAGGCCUGGAUACGAUUCAACAGUGUGGGAAGAAGGGUCUCCAAAGAGCUUCUUGUGGAGCGAGGCUUGGACCCCAGCAUCGCCCAUCGAGCUUGUUUCCGCGUCCUAGGGAUGGGUGAUGUCAACGGCUGCGCUAUAGCGCAAGCGACGCAUGAGAGCAUACUUCGCAGGGCCGGACUUUUGGAGCCUGACACCGUUUUGAUCUAUGGCCGGACGGCUCCUCAGAGUGACCUCUGGGAAGGCAUUUACCUAGAUGAUCUGCUCGUGACUCUUCGUUGCCAACUGGAUCACCCUGUCCCUCAAGAUGGCUCUUUCAAACCCCCGCUUCCGAUGCCCCAGGACGAGGACAUGCGACGGAUGGCGGCGGCAGAGGCCGCCUACUUGGAGGCGCGUCUCCGCAGGGCAGAACAUAAAGCCUUCCGGGGUGAAGUUCAGUUUCGCGCCUGGGGAGCAGAGAUCGAUGGUGUGAAAGGGCGUGUUGCGGGACCUCUGGGCGCCCGCCGGCAGGUGUGGUCUCUCAUCCGCCAAGUCGUGCGCCUGGGGCACUGCACUCAGGCAGCCUUGCAGAAGCUAGUGGGGCUGAUCACUUUCCAUCUUCAAUACAGGAGGGAGAUGUUUUGCCUGCAGCACCACAUCUACAAGUUCAUGUCGGACAUGCCUCCUCGUGGGGUUGUUCGGCUCCCAACUUUCGUGCUGGAUGAGCUUCGUAGCCUAGGCCUUCACCUCCCUUUCUGUUACACCAGCAUGCGCAGGUGGAUCUCCGAAGAGGUUUUGGCGACGGACGCGACACCGACUUCGGGCGGGGCCGUCGUUGCUCAGGUGCCUGAAGCUCUAGCACGUGAACUGUGGAGACUGUCGGAGCACCGAGGUGAAGCAGUCCGACUGGACCGAACGACUGACUUCGAGAUCGAGGUUGGUGAGCCAAAGGAACCUUCUAUCUUCGCCAGUGUGUGUGGAGAGUGCUUGGAUUGGAACGUGGCGUCCUCGUACCAUUUUCGAAAAACCUCCCAUAUAAACUUGCAAGAGGCACGCGCCCUCAAGAAGGAGCUCGCCAGCCUUGCCUCGGACCCGGCCAACCACGGGAUGAUCAAGAUUUGCUUGAACGACAGUCGGGUAUGUGUAGGGGCUUUUGCAAAGGGCAGGUCAAGUUCGUUUCGGUUGAAUGGUUGCCUUCGUAGUCUUCUACCUUUUCUCAUUUUUGGCAACGUCUCCUUUGGCAUCUUGUGGAUAGAAACACAUUCGAACCCCGGAGACUACCCUUCACGGUUUACCCCGCUUCCAGUCCCUCGAGAUCCUCCCCGCUGGCUUCGACGCUUUGGAGUAGGUGGAGACAAACUUGCACUGCCAGGGCUUGAAGUGUUUGCAGGAACCGCGGUCCUAACAGCAGCUUUCAUACGUGCAGGUUGCGCCAUGCUGGGCCCUGUCGACCUCCUCUACGGCAAGGACGCUCUGGAGGAGUGCUGGGCUGAGCUCAUUAGAACCAGGGCUGUUGCUUGGGUUUGGCUGUCGCCCCCGUGUAGUUCCUUUUCGCCCCUCACGAAUUUGGGCGCCGGGGGCCCCCUUCGCACCAAAGGCCAGCCAGAGGGGGAUGCAAGCAACCCACGCACGGCUCUCGGAAAUCUCUUGUGGAGGAGGGCCAUCGCACUGGCUGAGCUUGCUUUGAAAGCAGGGAUUCCUUUCUUUCUUGAGCACCCCAAGGGCAGCUACGGUUGGCUUUUUCGGGAGAUUGAGCUGUUGCGGGCGAAGGCCGGGGUCACGAUGCACGAGCUCCACAUGUGUGCCUAUAGCAGUGUCGCAGAGGGAGAAUUACCAUACAAAAAGCCGACUCGAAUCCUCACCACGGCUCCAUGGUUCAGCCGCAUUGUACGUACUUGCCCGGGAUGUCCCGGCCAUGGACCUCCGCUUCGGGGUGCUCGAGCCAAACUUGCCGGAGGUUACCCUCGUUCUUUGUGUGACGCCGUUGCCCAGGCCUACGUGAGCUGGUGCCAUGACCGGACGCCUGCAGAACGCAGGAGCAUUGACUACGCAUUGUCUCAAGCCAUCGAGGUUGCAUAUGACGAGGGGGAGAAGGGGCUUCUUCUGACGUGCUUGAGCGAGGGCCAGAAGGUCACGGGUUGGGCUCGGCGGAUUUGGUGGGCUACCAUGCUUGCUUCAUGGUUGGCUUUCUGGGGCUUGAUGAGGCCUGGCGAGGUGGUGAACCUUCGAAAGAAGGAUCUGGCCUUCCCGGAGGCUGUGGCUAUGGGGGAGGCUGCGUUGGGCUUAGUGAUCCUCGUCCGAAAGCCAAAAACUCGUCGCACAUAUCGCACUCAGAUGGUAUUAGUUAAGGAGGUUGCUGUGGUACUUUGGUUGUCCUGGUGGACGGCAGCUCUUCGGCCAAACCAGCUGGUCUUUCCGAUGUCUCGCAGGCUUUGGGGAGAGCGGAUGAAGGAGGCGCUGCGUCGUCUGAGCCUCGAGGGUUGCAAGUAUACGCCGUCUUCUUUUAGAGCGGGGGGGGCGACGCAUCACUACCGCGUCAACCAGAACAUCCCACAAUUGCAGUUCAUGGGGAGGUGGAAGUCACUGGAGUCUUUAAAAAGCUACAUCCACGAAGCUUUGAGCGUCCACAUCGCACAGCAGGCGCCUGAGGAGGGUCGACGAAAGUUGGAGAGCACCCAACGUUUUGUGCAUCUUUUGCAGCAGCCUCCUCACUUGCCGGCGCAGCUUCUUCAGUUUCUUCUUCAGUUUGGUCUGCGGCGGCACGUGGUUCUGAAAAUGGAUCAAGGCGGAAUUUCGCGGCGACCGACUAGCAGGAUCAGGGGCAAAGCUCCGGAGGGUGGAAAGCAAAGCCGAGGCGUUGGUGAUCUGGUGCCAGGUGCAGCCGGGCAUCCCCAAGCCGAUGCAGAGGAGGGUCAAAGGACUACAGCGGCGGCCACCACAGUCCGGCAUGCUUUGCAGCAAGCCGCGGCCCAGCUAGGGCCUGAGGAAAUUGAGCCGGGUCUGUCAGCUUCAGAGGUGGUGGCAGAUGCUUCCUCCUGGGCGUCAGCUUCGCGAUGGAGAAGUGGAUCCAACGCGCGUCGUUUCACGGCGGCGCUCUGUCGCACGCUUAGCUUAUUGGAAGGUCUACGCCCUGAUGUUGGUGAAGUCCGUGCUGCAGACACUUUAGAGGGCCCACAGCCCGUGGAACCCCGCCCUCUCCGAGGCGCUCUGGCGCGACGUGGUUCAACUUCAGUGGCGGCUCAGGAACCUCAGGUCCGCCAGAUGGUAUGGUCCUGGCUCCUUCGUCCUCUUCGCCUUUGGAAGACUUGUGCGGUUCUCCUCCUCGUGCUGAUAUGCCCCAGGCUCGUCGCCCUCUUGGCCUCCAUGAUCAUACGGUUGCUUUGUCGAGCCAUGAUUCUGGUGCUUGGACGUGUGGCCCAUGAGCUGUGGCAAGAAGUUCGCAUGGGUAUCUCCCAUGCCUCCCUGGCAGUGACUGAGCUGGAGCUGCAACUGGUGGAGCUCCUAGAAAGUUGGAUGGGGUGGCCCAACGUGGUGCCUUCAACAGCACCGCCCUACCUCACGGACCCGUCCUUCGUGCCCAGUCCGCCGCCCACGCCGGCUCCUGGAGCUUCCCUCCCAGCCCGCCCUUUGGAAAUCGUUCACCUGGUGCUCAUGGCGCUUCUCUAUCGUCGAGACGAUGCCUUCAGCUUGAGUGAGUCCUGGGAUCCGCAUCGCUAUGAGGGCUCUGAGAGCCCGGAACGUCCCCUCUCCAAGACCUUCAUGCAGCAGGUGCGAACCGACGCUCGGGGCUCAAAGUCUUACCACCGCCACCCCGCCGCCACGGCAUUGAACCAGCAGCUGCUCAUCCCAGGCCUUGAAUCUCUCAAAGCACCAUUUGAGGACGAUGCCUUCAGCUUGAGUGAGUCCUGGGAUCCGCAUCGCUAUGAGGGCUCUGAGAGCCCGGAUUAA